CCGCCACCGCCCCUACGGCCACGGGGCGCUGAGGGGAGGGGGCGGUCACGUGCCGCGGGGGGGGUAGGCGUGGCGUGGCGGCCCGGAGUGUCACAUGACAGGGGCGCGGGCCGGCUGCUGGUGGCGCGCGGCGGCGGCGGAGGGCACCGACCAUGAGUUUUCUUGGAGGCUUCUUCGGUCCUGUUUGUGAGAUUGAUGUUAUUCUUAAUGAUGCAGAAACACGAAAAACAGCAGAAAUGAAAACAGAAGAUGGUAAAGUAGAAAAGCAUUUUCUCUUCUAUGAUGGUGAAUCUGUUUCAGGAAAGGUGAAUGUCUCUAAGCAGCAUGGCAAGAGAUUAGAGCACCAAGGAAUUAGAAUUGAAUUUGUAGGACAAAUUGAGCUCUUCAAUGACAAGAGCAAUACACAUGAAUUUGUCAACUUAGUGAAGGAACUCGCCUUACCUGGAGAGCUGACUCAGAGCAGAAGCUAUGACUUUGAAUUCAUGCAGGUUGAGAAGCCAUAUGAAUCCUACAUUGGUGCCAACGUCAGACUGAGGUAUUUUCUAAAAGUGACAAUAGUGAGACGACUGUCAGACAUAGUGAAAGAAUACGAUCUGAUUGUUCAUCAGCUUGCUACAUACCCAGAUGUAAACAACUCAAUUAAAAUGGAAGUAGGCAUUGAAGACUGUCUUCAUAUAGAAUUUGAAUACAAUAAAUCAAAGUAUCACUUAAAGGAUGUGAUUGUUGGAAAAAUUUAUUUCCUCUUAGUGAGAAUAAAAAUUCAGCACAUGGAGUUGCAGCUAAUCAAGAAGGAGAUUACUGGAAUUGGACCCAGUACCACAACAGAGACUGAAACAAUUGCCAAGUAUGAAAUAAUGGAUGGUGCACCAGUUAAAGGUGAAUCGAUUCCUAUAAGACUAUUUUUAGCUGGCUACGACCCAACUCCUACAAUGAGAGAUGUGAACAAGAAAUUUUCAGUGAGGUACUUCUUAAAUCUAGUGCUUGUGGAUGAAGAAGACAGACGAUACUUCAAACAACAGGAAAUAAUUCUAUGGAGAAAAGCGCCUGAGAAACUGAGGAAACAACGAACAAACUUUCACCAGCGAUUUGAAUCUCCAGAAUCACAAGCAUCCGCUGAACAGCCUGAAAUGUGAACUGGUAUAAGGUGAAAAACUUUGCAGUGCUUCAGCAGGUUAAAGAUGGCAGCAGCCUGUGGGAAAAGAAGGCCAAAAUUCCCAUUACAACCGUCUUCCUUCAUCUUGCAGUGCUGCAUUUACCAUACUACUAAAACAUUCUUCAGUUAAACAUUCAAGUAUGUAUAUACCUUUAAAAUAAAGUGCUUUCUCAAACACUGGAACUUUCUUAAGCUAUUUUAUACUGCACAUUUACUUUUAUUUGACAAUGUUAUAUGCACUUGGAUAUGCAUAAGCUUAAAUCUAGUUAUUUCCAUGCAUGGUAGGCUGGUAUAUUUGAUUUUGCUGGUCACAGUGUAGAUAAAAGCAUUUCCCUUUUCAUGUUGUUUAUUGCAUGUCUUUUUCCAAUGUUGCUUUUUUUGCUUUUGUUUUGUUUUGAAACGGCAGUAAGAUGAAUAACUAAAUCACACUAAAAAUCAAGGUUUGUGGACUUGUCCUAAGAUUUCUAAUUACUAUAUUAGACAGGGUUUAACUGAAGCUGCAUGUAUAUGCACUGUAAUUGGAGCCUUCAGACACCUUAUCAAGGUUUCUAAGAAGCUUUGAAUUUCAGUAGCAAAGAACGUUAGUAAACAUCUUUGCCCUCCUUCCCCCCAGUUCUCAUUUUGCCAUUCUUCUUUUAAGCCUUUCACCUGAGUCGCCCCUGACUUUUGAGGGUUCAUUGCCCAGUUACUAGUGGCUUUGGAGAUGUUCUCAUGACUUCACCUUCAGGUGGUAGAGUGGGUAAAGUAUCAAAGUAAUUCUAAUCACUGGUAACAUUGAUUAUUUUGCAAAUACUCAGUUACAUGGGUCCUUGUGGUUUCUUGUUUCCGCUUCCUUCACGGUCUUCUUCCUCACUGUCUUGAUAGGAGGGGCAAAAUAUCCUCACAGGAGAUCCUCUUCCUCGUCCAUCUAGGCCUGUGAGGAUGGUAACAUGCUUUUUGUACUCUUCUAGGAAGGUAUUGUGAAGCCAGGCAAGCCUCAAAGUGACUGGAAGCUUGUCUAGCACAGCAGAUUGUUUGUCUUGGUCAUCUCAUAUGCAUUUAGUGUUUGAAGAAAUAGCUUAAACAAGUUAGCUUUCAUCUACUCCCAGUGAGCGUGUAGUCUGCUUGCAGACUUGGGGCUUGGGUGCAACGUGAGGCCUGCUGUGUGGGAGGCUACUUGUGCUCGUAGUUCACUUGGCCUUUCAACCAAGGCUUCUCGACUUCAGUGCAAGUGUCAUUGGUAACCUUACUUUAUGAGUAAGCAAAUAAUUGAAUUACAUUUCUGUAAGAACUGUUUUAUUACUGUGGCACUUUGAUAAAGCAGACAAAGACUCUGUGUACUAUAUGCUAGGAUACUUCUCUUUAUGUGGGUGUCUCUGAAAGAGAGCAAAUUUAACUCCCUCAUGUAAGUGCCUGUUCAGAAAUUUAAAGAAUAAAGUUAAAAAAGAAAAAAAAGCCAAAUAUUUUCAUGGUCACUUGCAUGUUGUAAUCUGAAAAUUAUUCUGGGAUAUUUUCAAACUGAUUGUAUUUAACCAGCCUCAGAUUGUGCAACCAUGUAUAAUAAAUGAGAAACAUACUAAGCUGCUAUUUGAAUUAUUAAAAUAGCUGUAUUCUCACUAA